AUGUUAAGGAAGGUAUUGGAACAUCGCUUCAAAUAUUUGCAAUCCACCUUUAUUUCAUCGAUGAUGGCAUGGUCUAGUACCGGCGACAUAUCUAUCAAGUAUCUGCCUUAUCAACUUUCGAUGGUAGUUUAUGUGCCUACCAUGAUCGAAAAUAGUGGAUAUUAUUCGAUACGUAUAUAUCAAAACUCUGCUUAUCCGAUUGAUACGCUUCGACUGCAAAAUAUACAAAUAAAUAACCAAAAAGGAGGGCGAGGAGGCUUAUUUAUCAACCUUUUAUCGUACAAAUCAGUUAAUAUAAUCAAAUCUUCAUUUCAACGUAACGCAGUGCCCAGCGUUAUUCUUUUCCUGAGGCAAAACAUUGAUCAUCCAAACCACAAAGCUACGGAAACAUCUGCAUCAGCUGCAAGUGAUAUUCUUAAGUCGCUUACAUCAAACUUGGGAAAUUCUCCGUUGUUAAAUUUCGAAGAAAAUCGAUUCGAAGCAAAUAAAAAUUUGGUUUCAUAUUUCUUUUUGGAAAAUCAUGUUAAUGCAACUGUGCAUAAAAAUAUUUUCUCAUUUAAUAACAGUAAUAGGAGUGGAAUAACUACUGUCGAAAUUUCAUCCUCCGAGUCGCCACUACUAUUUGAGCUUGAAAUCUUCGAAAAUAUUUGGUCGAGAAAUAAAGGAGAAUGGUGUCUUUAUAUUGCUGCACUCACUCGAAAUUCCUUUAUCGGUAACGUGAUUGGUAAUCAGUUUCGAGGGAAUCAAAAUGUUCGUGGAUCAGUUAUUACUGGAAGUCCUUAUUUCAACAUCAAUAAUAAUGAGUUUGACAAUCAACAUGAACAAUUUGAUCUCGAAGUGGAAUAUAUGGAACAUCGACCAGUGAACGCUACUCAUAACUACUGGGGUUACGACGAUGUGAAUUCUGUUGAGAAAAGAAUACUUGAUGGAAAAAAAGAUACUUUGCGUGGUUUUGCAGUGGUUAAUCCAUUUAAUCGAAAAAGAGCAACAAUAAUUGAGAGCUGCGCAACAGUGAAAAAUUGCUCUGAUCAUGGUCGUUGCAUUGGUAAGACAUCGAAAAUCACUGCAGGCAUAGAUCGAUGUUUGUGCGACUCAGGUUUUUCUGGAGUUGAUUGUUCACAAAUUUCAUGUUCAUCAUUAAAUGAUUGCUUCAACAAUGGUGUUUGUGUCGCGCCCAAUACAUGUAAAUGUUAUAAAGGUUGGCUGCAGGCAGAUUGCUCAGAACCUUCAUGUUAUCGUUUAGCAAACUGUAGCGGGCAUGGGAAAUGCAUUUCAUUGAAUGAAUGUGAAUGUAAUCCGCUAUAUACAGGAAUAGACUGUAGUAUUCCUUCAACAAGCUGCUCAAUAAAUGGAUGUAAUAAUCACGGAAAAUGUGUCAAUAAUGAGUGUGUUUGUCAUAAUGGUUGGGCUGCUCCAUUCUGUUCACAUGCUUUAUGUGAUGACUUGAAUAACUGUUCGAACUCCGGGAUAUGUGUGGAGCCGAAUAAGUGUAAUUGCUUGCCUGGUUAUACAGGUGAUGAUUGUUCCACAUGCAGUGGUAGCACAUGCAGUGCUUGCCCUUAUCAGUGCAUUCAUGGUCGAUGUAAUUCCCUUACGAGGAAGUGCAGCUGUCUAAAAGGAUGGAUAGGAAACGAAUGUGAAAUAUGUGAGCAUAAGACAUGUGAAUUAUCAGUAAUUCUUUUUGUCCUUCCAACAGCCAUAGGAAUUCAUCAUAGUGAAGACGAUCGAAUUGCUGUGUAUGGCAUUGACUUUCCAAAAACGCAUUUCGGCAGAUACACAUGUCUCUAUGGUAGUACUGCUGCAGAGGGUUUUUAUAUCUCAUCAUCGUUAAUAAAAUGUUCCAUUCCUAGAACUACAGGGCCAGGGCGAUACCUGUUCAAUGUGAUUCCUUACGAAUCAAAUCAAGCUAUACCUUUUCUUGAUAAACGAUUGAUUCAUUUCACAUUUUAUGUCGAAUGUGAUUCAGUUGAUUGUAAAGGAUCUUGUCUGGGUCCUACCUGUGUUUGUCGCUCUGAUCAAGAAGGAAUUUUGUGCCAGCAGGCUAAAAUAUGGCCCAAGAUUAAUCGGGAGAUAACAGUUAGUGCAUUGUUGAUGAAAGCAAUUGAAGGAAAACCUUACACUGCAAAAAUACCAGCUCAAGAACCAAACGCUAUUUAUAACUUAAAUUCGGAUGCAGAUGGUCUUAAGAUUGACCCUCAGGGAAUAAUAAUAUGGAAAAAGCCGAUUGGUCGAGAUCGGCCAUAUUUUGUUAAUCUCACGAUAAGCACUUCAAAUGGCAAAUCACUUAUAUCUUGGAAUUUGACAGUUUUACCAACUUAUUCACCUUUGGUUUCCAAAGUUGAACGUGAGACUAAAGGUAGCAGGAGCGUCAUUCAAGGAUUUAUACAGUUUAUCAAUCAGAAUUUCGGACAUGUACCUAUUCGGUUGCUCAUUUAUUCAGGCGAUAAACUGGAGGAGAACAUUGUUGUGAUCAGUUCCGAUGAUGGCCGGUUCUUAUAUCCUUAUGUACCUACGGAUAAUGUGACAUUUCACUCUGUGAUAGCAAUACAUCCAGGCAAAUCAAUAUCAUCUGUUUUAAUAAAUUCUUCAAAUGCCUUCUCAUGGAGAGAUAACGAUGUUAAUGUUUAUUACGAAGAAGAACUUGAAGCAUCCCCAGGACAAACACUUAUGGCGAAUUAUCAAAUAAAAAACUGUGGUGACAGUCCGCUGAUGGGAUGUACGGUUGAAGUCAUCGCUCCAAGAGACAAGAUACAGCUGGAAAAAUAUGGCGAAUAUAUCAAUAUCAUUAAUCCUGGUUAUACAAUAUCUCAGAAAAUAUCUUUUUCGACUUCACCAGUACUCGAUAGUUCAAUAUUAAUUUUGCAACUGAAUUGCGUUGGUGUGCCCAAAAAAAUUAUAAAACAAAGGAUUGAAGUGCCAGGUUCCAGAAUAGCAUUGGAUGCUGAUCCAUCGGAAGUUGUUGUGGUUCAUAUAUUAAAUAAGGGGCUAUCAUUUCAAGAACCCUUAGAUAUAAAAUUUCGCGAAGAAGGUGGUCCAUUGUUUUUAAUUUUUUCAAAUCCUGCAAUAAAUAAUUAUAAGGAAUACGGUUCUGCUGGAAGUAUGUUAAAUCUUUAUUUUGGUUUACGGUCUUUAAAUAAUACUGAACGAGUGGUGUCAGGAAAUAUUAUUCUCAGUUAUAGAGGCAAGCAAAUUCUUUUUAUUCCAUACAAAUGUGUAAACGUUGGGGCAGUACUCUUCAAUUAUCUUGUCGCUAUUAACGAUGAAUUAUCUCUUAUUGGAAAUUACUCGGAGCUCAAUGAUAUUGAAAUAAAACUUCGCAGUGCUUCAGGAAUUGAAAAUAAGCAUCAAACACGGAUCAGUGGGUUAGAUGAUUUAGUUCAAGACCUUGUACCUUGUUGUAUCUUGUCAAUUUUCUCUAUUAUUCUGAUUCAGUUGAUGAUGGCCUCUUCAAGUCCUAUUGAAUGUCAAUAUUAUAGUGAUAAACUGCAUCAAUGGAAAGUUUAAUCCGUGGAAUUUCUUUCGAUUACGGAGGACCUUUACCAGUUGACCGUCUCUUCUCCUCGACAUCAUACAGUUUCUGCAAUUGUCCAACCGAAUUAUAUAAACUCAUCUUUAACGAUUUUUCUCCCAUUAAUGUUUCCUUAUGAACCAGUUAUUGAAGAAAAUCGACUUUCCGCUGAUGUGACGGAGAUCAGUUUUAUUCCGAAAAUUGCAUUUCCUGUGAUUCGCUUUCUUCCCUCAUCGAUUUUUGUACCUUAUGAAAAUUCUGUAAAUUUAAUGCUUAGAGUAGAAAAUGUUGCUGGACCAGAUUAUAGUUCGGCUGCUUUACUUCCUUUUACAAUCAACGAUAAAUGGUCCUUACCAUUUACACUCAAAUCAAAUGGUUUGGAUGUCGGUUUGGGUUAUAAUGACGCUUAUAAAAUGCCUAUAGAGUUGUCCAACAACAUCGCAUACAACACUAGCGAUAAAAAUUGCAAUGUUUAUUUACUAAAACUUCCUUAUUUGUAUACCGUUCCUAAUUUCAUGUUCAAUUCGUUUAAGCAAUCCAUCCUUAUCGUUGACGCGAGAAGAAAUGGUAGCUAUGUAAAACUUUGCGAAUUUUCAGUUGGUUUUAAUUCUCGGAAAAAACGCAUUUCGUUGUGGUCAAAAACCACAGUGCGUUGCAAUUGUAUAGCAUAUACGAAAGAUCGCUGUCGUUCUCUAUACGAGUCUGCAGCAAUGUGUGGCUCAUCUUGGAGUUAUAUUCCCGAUGACACAGUUUCCUUGCAUUCUAUGGCGAUGUUCAUUCUUCUUGCUGCCAACUGCCGUGCAGUUAAUGUCGAUUUUCAUAGACUGCGUCAAUCAGUAAUACGCGAUACUUUUAUCGAAGCCACCGUACCGCUUGAUUGUUCAUGCCCUCCAGAUAUCUGUUUUGCCAAAAUGAAAAUAGAAUGGUGUGCUUCAUCGCUGAAUAGUCACUGUGCAGUUUUUAGGAAGCGAUUAUUAACUUUGAAUUCAGGAAAUAUGUCAAAUAAGACAAAUCCACUGUUGGCACUUCUGCCAUCAGUAAACAUGCAAAUAGAUGGUAUUAUACAGAAAUUUUUGCCUUCUCUCAGCUCAUCUAAAAUGAAUUCUGUUGAAAUCGCUACAUUAUUUUCAGAUUUUUUUGAGCAGUUUCAG